AUGGCCGAGUCCCGCGUGGCGGCGCGGCUGCGCUGGAUCGACGCGUGCCGCGCGCGCUACCAGAACUGCGGGAGCCUGGAGGUGCCCGCGGAGGCCUUGGAGUCCUGGACCGAGCACGAGCUGACCAUGUUCUUCGAGUCCAUGGGCAUGAUCAAGCCCCAGACGGCCGCGGAAAAAGCGCUGGCCGACGCCCAGUGGCGGGAGAAGCUCAUCACGGAGAAGGAGGAGCGGCUCUGGCGGUCCGCGGAGGCCGAGGGCGUCGCGUUGGUCGUGCGGGAGAUCGACCGCGAGGCCGAGAAGCGCGCCCACAAGGCCCUCGCGCGCGCGCGCGCCUGGACGGCCGUGGAGCUCGCCGCGCGGCCGCGGCGCUGGCGGCGCGCGGGCGUCCGGAGCCGCUCGAAGUCGCCGGACCCGGCGCGGCGGAUCACGAAGCGCGACGUCGACCGCGCGCGGUCGCGGACGCGCGGCCGCGCGCGGCUCGAGGACUCGGACAGCGACUCGUCGUCGUCCAGCGAGGAGGAGUGGCGGCCCCGGGGCAUCCAGCCCCGGGCCGUGCGCCUCAUGCUCGCCGCGGAGGCCGCGCCGGCGGUCCACUUUCGCUCGCGGCGGCGCAAGCUCGGCGUCUUCGACCUCGCGCGGCGCGCGGCGUGCCGCGCCGUGCUCGCGCGGCCGCCGGCCGACGGCCACUUCUACGCGCCCAUGGACGGCAUCGUCGACACGGCCGCGGCCGUCGCCGAGGAGACCGCGUGGCUCGCGUUCGGGACCGCGCGGCGCGCCGCGACGAUGGCGGCCGGCGCGGCGGACGCGUGCGCGGGCAUGACGCGCGUCGUCCUGACGCCGCUGGCGCCCCUCGACGCGCCGGCCGCGGCGCCCCUCGACGAGCACGGCCGCACGCUGCUGGCGCUCGAGCGGCGCGCGCGGCGGAAGGAGCCGCCGCCGCCGCCGCCGGUCGCGCGGCCGCGGCAGGCGCGCGUCACCGAGCCCCCGCGCGCCGCCGCGGCGACCGCGGCGCCGCCGGCGGGCCGCAAGUCCAAGUCGCCGGGCCGCAAGUCGCGGAGCCCGAGCGGCGGGUCGCGCGGCUCCCGGAGCCCGUCCGCCGGGUCGCCGUCGCGCGAGGGCCCCGCGGACGGCCUCGAGCGGCGCUGGUGCGACCAGCGGCGGCCCGAGCGGGAGCCCCGCUCCGACGACGACGACGUCGUGGCCCUCGUGAAGCGGCCCAACUCGAAGGCGUGGUCCAUCGCGCGGCCGUCCCGCCGCGGCCCGGGCGGGAAACGAGAAUAUUCAACACGACUUCAAUAUGCAUGCUGCGGCGUGCCCCGCGCGGCCGUCGGCGCCGUCAAGGUCGCCGGCGAGGCCGUGCGCCGCCGCGUGACGCUCGCGGCGAACCUGGGCUUCCGCCCGGCGCGCCACGCGCUCCGCCGCGGGGGCUGGCUGCCCGUCUGCGUCAUGGCGUCCUGCGAGAGCGACCGCUACGAGCGGCGGAAGCGGCGGAGCGCGUCGCCGCGCCGCGACGGCGACGGCUACGACUCCGGCGAGUCCGUCGGCUCCGAGGCGUCGCUAUUGGGCGCGGUGCGGUGCCCCGAGUGGGACGACCCCUGGGAGCUCAACGCGGGCCCGCCGAAGACCUGGCUCGCGCGGCUGCCGCGCCAGGGCCUCGGCGUGCUCGCGCGCUUCUUGGGCGGCGGCGCGCUGGCGGCUUUGGGCGCCGCGUGCCGGUGCCUCGGCGCGCGCGUCGUCGGCGACGACGCGCUCUGGCGCCUCGCCGCGGGCACGGCGGCGUCGCGGCCGCCGCCCUACGUCGCCGGGUUCCGCGACCUCGACGGCGCGCGGACGGCGGAGGUCUACGGCUGGGGCGCGAACGGCCGCGGGCAGCUCGGCCUCGGCGACUCGCGGACGAGGAAAGCCCCGAACGACGCGCUGCGAGGCCGCGCCGUGGUCUGCGUCGCCGCGCUAGGCGACCGGUCGGCCUGCGGCUGCGCCGACGGGUCCGUCUACGCCUGGGGCGCGACCGUGGGCGAGGCGUUCCGCGACCGGCCCGCCAAACUCGCGCCGCUCGAGCCGGAGGCCGAGGCCGCCUUCGACGAGGGGCCCUGGCUCGACGACGACGCCGACCACGGCGAGGCGCCGUCGACCGCGGCGGCGCGGCCGCCCGCGGGCCCGCCGACGCGCGUCGCGCUGUCGCCGCGGCGCGACUGCGUCGAGGUCUGCGCGGAGUACGCGGACGGGUGCCGGCGGCUCUUCGGCUUCGCGGCGAAGCGCACGCCGGCCUUCGACGGCGGCGCCGGCGCGCUGGGGCUGCGGGCGGCCCUCGCGACCGUCGACGUCGUCUCCGCGGCGGCGACGGCCGCGGCGGUGAACGUCGUCGCGGCGCGCGACGGGACCUGCUUCGCGUGGCGCGCCAGGGCCGGCGACGCGCCGGCGGCGGCGGCGCCGCCGGACUGCUGGCAGGACCACGCGCACCCGGACCGCGCGGCCCGCGACGCCGUGCGCCGCGCGCGGCGCACGGCGGACGUCGCGCUGAAACUCGAGUCCGACGCGGCCGACGGUUCGCUCGCGACGCUGCCGCCGCCCGCGCGCCGCGGCGCGCUGCUCGCGGCGCACCGGGCGGAGAAGGCGCACGGCCUCGGCGGGCCGGACCUGCGGCGCAUGCAGCGGUCCGUCGCGGCUUUGGCGGCCGCGCGCGCCGCGGUGCUCCGGUCGCGCGCCGUCGCGGCCGCCGUCGCGGCGCGCGUCGACGGGCCCGACGACCGCCUCCGGCGGCUCGCCGCCGCCGCGAGCCGGAGCGCCGCGCCGCGCCUCGAGCGCGUCGCGCUCCCCGUCGCCGUGUCCCAGGUCGCCGCGGGCGCGUCGUUCGUCGUCGCGCUCGCCGUCGACGGCUCCGUCUUCGCCUUUGGCGACGAGAGCGCGACGCCGAAGAAGGCGAGGGCGGCCGCCGUCGCGUCCGGCGCGCCGCGGAAGGUCGACGCGGUGCGCGACGCGCUCUGGGUCGGCGCGGGCCGCACCUUCGCGGCCGCGCUCGACGACGACGGCGUGCUCCACGUCUGGGGCUCGGGCGCCGUGCUCGGCCGCGACGCGCCCGUCAAGGCGCCCAUGCCCGUCUGGCCCCUCGCGUCGCGGCGCGUCGUCGCCGCGGCCGCGGGCGACGGCCACGUGCUCGCGCGCGCGACGCGCCGCGAGGGCCGGUCGAGCGGCGCGCCGACCGACGCCUGGUUCCAGUGGCGCCAGGCGAAGCGCCGCACGCCCCUCCACGGGCGGCUGCUCCUCGACGACGAGGCCGCCGCGCUCGCGCCGGAGCCCGCGCCGGGCGAGGCGCCGGAGGCGGCGGCCGCGGCCGCGGGCGUCGGGCCCGUGUCGUCGCCGCAGGUGCUGCGAACCGUGGACGGCGCGCUGCUAAAUUGCGGGUCGGACCCCUUUGGGAAGUCGAGCGCCGGUGCGCUGUCGCGGCCCGCGCCGGGGGCCGCGACGGGCCCGCCGACGGACCGGCCCUGGGUCCUGAUCCGGUCCGCCGACGAGCGGCGGCGGCCGGAGCUGACCGCGCUCGCGGAGCGCGCGGGCUUCGGCAGCGCGUUCCACCGCACGGCCCAGGGCGCCCUCGACGAGCUCGCGGCGAUCCAGCACCCGCGGUCCGGUCGGAGCCUGCCCCUGGCCUGCCUCGUCGACGCCUACGACGAGGACGGCGACGGCGUCAUCGACCAGGGCGAGAUGUCGUGGCCGCUGCUGCGCGUGAUCCAGCGGCCGCACGCGCCCUUCGAGGCGUCGCUGAAGCGCAUCUUCGUCAUCGUCUACAGCCGGCCCGUCGCCGCGAGCCCGCGCUACACGCUGGACGCGCUGGGCGCCGGCGCGCGCAUGGUGACGGGCGUCGCCGGGGACGCGACGCGCGCGCUGGAACUCGCGCGCGCGUCGUCCGUGGCCGACCCGGCGAAGACCGAGGGCGAGCGGCGCGCGCGCGUCGCCUGCCCGGCCUGCGGCCUCGACGGCCUGACGCCGCCCCAGCUCUUCGCGCACUACUCGCUCUUCCACGUCGCCGAGCGGGGCGCGGACGCGAAAUGCCCGCUCUGCGCCAAGGUCACGCGGCGGACCAAGGGCUUCGAGUCCUUCGCGACGCACCUCGAGGAGUACCACACGCCCGAGGGCACGGACCAGGACGGCGACGCGUUCAUCUCGUCGCACGAGCUCAAGUGCAUGGUGCUGUCGAAUCCCAAGGUGCACCGGGGCCUCGCGCCGCCCGCGGUCGCGGACUUCGCGGCGGCGGCGCCGGAGAAGACCUUCGACGCCUACGCGCUGCUCGUCGUGCGCCGGCCCGCCGACGGCAAGUUCCUGCUCGUGCUCGAGUCGGCGCACACGGCGAACUGCAACGGCAAGCCGCGGUACUGGAUCCCCGCGGGCAAGGCGCGGCCGGGCGAGACCAUGGUCGAGGCCGCCGUGGCGUCGUGCCUGCGCGACACGAACGUCAAGGUGUCGCCGCGGGGGCUGCUGCGGAUCCUCAUGGAGCCCUCGGAGAAGAAGACGGUGCGCGCGUUGUUCUUCGCGGAGCCCGACGCCGUCCAGCCCAAGCCCAUCAAGACCGUGCCGUCCUUCCACAGCGUCGGCGCCAUCUGGGUCGGCCUCGAGGACCUCCUCGACAUCCACGGCAACGAGUACCGCUCCGAGGACCCGAAGGUCUUCUUCCCGCAGAUCGCGUCCGGCGCGCUGCAGCCCGAGGCCUUCGGCUCGACCUGGGCGGCGCUCGAGGCGCUCUGCGUCGAGCUCGGCGGGACGCACCCGGACGAGCUCCAGCGCAAGCGCGACGCGACGCUCCCGGAGCAGUGGGUCAACGUCGAGCGCCGCUACCCGAACAUCGCCUUCAAGGAGCACGACGUCCUCGCGCGCAGCAGCCGGCGGUCGCGUGGGCAGGUGCGCGACGGCCAGCGCGACGCGCCGCGCGACACGAUGGCCGAGAUCGUCGACUUAAUCAGCGAUUCCGACGACGACGCGCCGCCUCCGGCGCCGGCGCAAGCGUUGCCGGCCUUCGUGACCGCGGACCGCCUCGUCGAAGACCUGAGUGAUCACUCCGAGGACGAGCGCCUCCUGCGAGGCGGCGCCGAGGCGAAGCCGGCGAAGCGCGCGCGCGUCGAGGCGCCGGUCUUCGCCGCCGCGCGACCCGCCGCCGCCGCGCCGCGGCCCGCCGCCGCGCCGCGGCCCGCGGCCGCGCAGCCCGCGCUCGUGCCCGAGGCGCAGCUGCCGAUCAAGCGCGAGUGGUUCGAGGCCAUCUGCUACGGGAAGAAGCGCGUCGAGUUCCGCGAGGCGUCGCAGUACUGGCGGUCGCGGCUCCUCGGCAAGGCGGCGCUGAACGUGCGGCUCGUCAACGGCCGCGGCGACGCCGCGCCGUUCUGCGUCUACGAGACGACGCGGGUCGAGCUGCUCGCGACGGGCGCGAUCCCCGCGGGCCUCGCGCCGGCGCCGGGCACUGCCGCGCACCGCGAGCUCUUCAAGGGCGUCGACGUCCCCGAGCCGGCGGGCGCCGCCGCCCCCGCCGCCGCCGCGGGCCCGCCGACGUGCGGCACGUGCGGCGCGGCCUGCGAGGCGCGCGUCUCGCGGAGCGAGAAGAACCCGGGCCGCAAGUACUACAAGUGCUUCCCCUGCGACGCCUGGGUCGGCUGGGCCGACGACGCCGCGGACGCGCCCGCGGCGAAGCCGAAGACGAAGAACAUCGGCCUCAGCGGCGCGUCCUACGCGGACAUCAAGCGCGCCGAGGACGCGCAGACGCGCGGCGCCGCGGAGCGGUCCGCCGCGCGCAACGACGGCGGGCCCCGGGGCAACGUCUUCGGCUUCGACGGCAAGAAGGGCCUCAAGGGCGUCGUCUCCAAGGAGCACGAGCGCCGCGACGCUCAGAAGUUCCAGGGCAUGUCCUCGCUGAAGAAGGCGCUCAAGGGCAAGACGUCGCCCCACUUCCCGCCGGCCGCCGCGCCCCGCCAGCCGCCGCCGCCGCCGCCGCGGGACGCGGACGACCUCCGCCAGAAGCGGCUCGCGCGGUUCGGGUAA